AUGAUAGAGCGACUUGGUGCCUCUUCCAUAGCGGAGGGCAUUCGAAUUCAGCCAGAUUUUACAGCCAAAAUAGGGCUGGUACCAUACCACUCGGCCGCAUUGCUCCAGCCCAGAUCGCCAGACCAUCGAGGCUACGUGAACGCUGAACCUCUGCUACUCGCCACGAAGCUCGAUACUUCGGCCAUCCCCGGUGCCACUUCCAACACGGCGGCAAAUGGGGGAGACACGGUAUCGAGUGGGACGGUUACAAUGGCGCCGUGGAGCCCUCUGUUCGUGAAGCCAUCACAACCGCUUCUUUUGUUCGAACCCUCGGCGAGCUGCGAACGCUUCCACGACCGAUCAUACGGUGCUACUUCUCAUGAAUCAGCCGGUCUGAUCCACAUGGAAACGAUGCCCAGCCUAAAGAGCCAAUCGCUUUACUCUUCCAAAAUGGAUGAACGACUUUCAAGCACCUGCAGACGAUCGAAUAGGUAA